CAGGACCCGCCCACCAGCUGUGGAAGAACAAGCCCAGACACGUCUCUUCACGGAGCCCAAGGAAAACACUUUACCGGACUCAUCACUCAUAUGGGAUGGCCCUGUAAAUUGUGCAGCACUGUUGUACCAACCAAGAGUGAUUUUUUAAAGCAUUGCAGACUGCACCAUGGGACCUUGGGACACAGCCAUGCCUUCCCUUGCAUUCAUAUAGGUUGCCCAUGCUCUUUUAAAUGCUGGAGUUCCCUUCGCUCUCAUCUGUCAAGAUACCACCCAGAAGUCAAAUUCCUCAACUCACCUCAAAACGUAUACAGUUGGAGAAGACAGGAAGUUGUUGCCAAGUCUCCUGCUGGGGUGGCAGAAUUUAAGGAAAGAUGGCCUGCCCUCUUUGAACCAUUCCAGAUUAAUGAAGAGUUCCGAAGGUGCACUGUUGUUCCACUGGAAUCAACAUUUAUGUCCCAGCUGGACAGGUACACUCCGAAACUCCUGGAGCUCUUCAGUGCAAAAGGUGGAGUGACUGGUCAGUGCAUCAAGAACUUGUUGAUGGAACUGAUACAGGACCCAAGUGCCUCUGCAGUGAUGAAGAGAGAUGUGACUCUGAGAUGCCUCAUAGAGUACGUGGGAGAGAGUGGACAGGAGCUAAUCUCUGACUACUGUGGAACUGCAGAGACCACUGUUCAUGAGGACCUGGAAAUGAAGAAUAUGAGCAUCUACAUCUGUCGUGAGCCAAAUGCAGUAGGAAUCAUCAUUGAGGGACUACCAGUCCUUACUCAUCUUGGAAACCUAGCCAAAGCAUGCUGCCUACUUCUGGGGUUGACGUAUGCACUUAAUCUUGAGUAUCCAUCCAAACUUUCCAAAACAUUUGAGGUGCUUCAAAGACUUUUUGUGGGACUCGACACACUGCGCCCAAAACCAACCCCCAAAUUCAUGACUCUCAAAAACAAGCUUCUAGCUUAGGCAGUGAGCCAUGACUGUCAGCUUGCACUUUUGAACAGCUAUUUUCUUGUGUCUGCUCAAAAUCAUUAUAGAUUGUUCAUUGAGUGGAAUUCUUCAGAAUGUUGUAACGGUUUGUCCUGUUCAGGUUUUAUACAAAGCUCCAGGUCAUCGUUUCUGGUGUGUAAAUUAAGUUUUUUUAUGUUUUAUACACACUAAAUUGCCCCACUGCAAAGCUCCAGCUGGUCAGAAGGAAGGAUCUGUGAGUUGUUUAAGUUCAAAUGUUUCAAAAUAUACACACUGAAAGACACUAUGGUGACGGUGUUCUGUUUGUGAAUUGUUACAGAAGUACAGAUAAUCUUAAUGUUAAAUUGUUUUAGCAAGAAACUGUACUGUGAAGGUUCUAAGUAAAACUUGAGAUGCUGAGGUCAUGCAUUCUUUUAUGCACUAAAUAAGUGAAGUGAAUUACAUUUAUAUAGGGCUUUUUCUCAAGUGACUCAAAGCGCUUUACAUAGUGAAACCCAAUAUCUAAGUUACAUUUUAAACCAGUGUGGGUGGCACUGGGAGCAGGUGGGUAAUGUGUCUUGCCCAAGGACACAACGGCAGUGACUAGGAUGGCGGAAGCGGAGAUCGAACCUGCAACCCUCAAGUUGCUGGCACGGCCGCUCUACCAACCGAGUUAUACCAUAUACUGAUGUUCUUGACUGUUAAUACUCUCCAGCUUAUUGACACGGUUUGGAUAUGGCUUGUGAAAAUGUUUUAAUAAUAUGUAUACGGUUAAAAAAAGAAAACUACUGUGAAGGUGUUCUAUACAGCACUUUAAAAAGUUGAGGUCAUGCAUUCUAUGCACUAAAUAUGGAUGUUGACUGUUCAUACUGUCCAGCUCAUUGCCACUGUUUUUAUAUGAUAAUGAUUUAAUAAA